AUGAUUCUAAAAUUCGGAAUUGAUCAAAUACUCGCCUCCACAUUCCCAUGCGUUUCCCCACCAUCACCAACCAUCUCGACACCAGCAACAUCGCCAUCAAGCAUUUCUCCCACUUUUGCGUCCCCAAAUUCGGUUAACAACAUGUUCCCAGCAUGGGUGUUUUGUACGAGAUAUUCAGAUCGACCAUCAGCAGGACCCCGCCACCGAAAGCCACGGAAACGAGAAUCCACAGGAUCCAGUGGAAGUUCGGAAGAGGAGAAGCGACCAAGGACGGCGUUCACAUCGGAACAGUUGGAUAGGCUGAAGCAGGAAUUCAGGGAUAACAGAUACCUCACCGAGAAGCGAAGACAAGAGCUGGCUCACGAGUUAGGGCUCAAUGAGUCUCAAAUUAAAAUUUGGUUCCAGAACAAACGUGCCAAGCUGAAAAAGACCACCGGCGACCAUCACCAUCGCUCCGCCCCCACUCCAAAUAACCAAUUCCAGAUAAUGGCUCAGCUAGCUCAAUCACAAACCCACCAUUUUAGACAGUAA